AUGUCUAUCUCCGCCGAGAAGAUCUCCGACGACGUCAAGGCUCAACCUGCGGAUGCUACCAGUGUUCCUGUACGCGAGACUCGAGUCGUAAGUAGGAAUGAGGCCCUCAGCUCCUACAUGGUCAUUGCCGCUGCUGCAUUCGGGCUGAUAUCAGAUGGAUAUCAAAACAACCUCAUGACCAUGGCCAACGUUGCCUUCAAGCAAAUAUAUCCGAAAGAAUACACGUCUACGGUCUCUACCCGCGUAUCCAACGCGCUUCUCGUUGGUGAAAUCCUUGGCCAGGUUUUUGUAGGACUGCUGUGCGACAGAGUUGGGCGCAAAGCAGGCCUAGUGGUCACCACCGUUAUGAUUGUGAUUGGGGCCAUCCUUUCUACUGCAGCACAUGGAGCACAUGGCAGCCCCGAAGGGUUGUUCUGGUUUUUGACCAUCGCGAGGGGGAUCACUGGCGUUGGCACUGGAGGCGAAUACCCGGCAUCGUCGACAAGCGCUAGUGAAGCUGCCAAUGAGAAAAUGAUCGCGAAUCGAGGCCCAGUAUUCAUCAUGGUCACGAAUUUUGUGCUCAGCUUUGGCGGUCCCUUGGCAGUGUCCGUUUUCUUGAUCGUUCUUGCAGCUGCUGGAGAGAACCAUCUCAACACCGUCUGGCGUGUGAGCUUCGGGAUAGGCAUCAUCCUUCCUCUUACGGUUUUCUACUUCCGGAUGCGCAUGCUGAGCCCGAAGUUAUAUCGGGAUGGUGCGAUGAAACGACGGGUGCCGUAUUGGCUUGCCAUCAAGAGAUAUUGGAAAUCGCUGAUUGGCACAUGCGGAGCUUGGUUCCUGUAUGACUUCGUCACAUUCCCAAAUGGUGUCUUCUCCGGGACCAUCAUUUCUUCUGUCAUCAAGAAUGGUAGUGUUUUGUCCACUGGUGAAUGGCAGUUGCUGCUCGGUGCUAUCGCCCUUCCAGGUGUCUUUGUCGGCGCUAUGCUCUGCAACCCUUUUGGUAGACGUAACACCAUGAUCCUGGGCUUCAGCGGCUACUUGAUCUUUGGAUUGAUCAUUGGAUGUGCGUACGACAAAAUCACCAGGAUCAUACCGCUUUUCGUCGUCUUCUAUGGUCUCAUGCAGUCGUUCGGUAAUAUGGGGCCGGGUGAUAUGCUAGGCCUCGUGAGCGCAGAAUCGUAUCCUACUGCAAUUAGGGGUACCUGUUACGGCCUUUCUGCCGCCAUUGGGAAGACCGGUGCCGCGGUUGGUACUCAAGCAUUCACGCCGAUCCAAACAAACCUGGGCAAGAAGUGGACAUUCAUUAUCGCUGCCAUAUGCGGAGUAGCCGGUAUUCUCGUCACGUACUUCUUUGUGCCGGACAAGACGGGCGUUGACCUUGCGGAUGAAGAUGCGAAAUGGCUGGCGUACCUUAAAGAGCAAGGAUGGGAGGGUGAAAUCGGAGAGGAUGAUGUUAUGAAACUCACGCGAGAGGAUAGUGCUAGUGAUGAAGUAGAAUUGAUGAGUAUUGUGAUCUUUCGGCCUUACUUUCUGUGUGCUGCGUCAGUAGUAGUACACAUGCAUGGGUUGCUCACGACCUGA